AUGCGGACUGAUCUCUACAAACCCACCACUAAGACCUCCACUAAAGCCAAUAAAAUAAUGUCAAUUGCUGCCCAGUUGGCUGAAAAUGAUGCCAGAUUACGAGAUGCAAGUGUCCGUCUCCUGAAUAUGUGUACGCAUGCUUCAGCGUCCGAUAUCCUCGAUGAUAUUGAGUACAAGAAACCAGAUUUAGAAUCGUCCAAGAAAUCUGAGUUUGCUGGUCUUUCACUAUUCCAGUUGAAUGCUCAACUUCAGGAUACAGAUGCUGCCAUUAGCCAGCUUAACGAUAUUUGGCUCACCAAGUCUCUUAUCCAAGAAAUCCGUAUGCUGUUCAAUCCUGUUGGAGAUGAUCACUACUUAUGCGAUAAAAACGAACUCUACAGCAUUUUACUUGGUAUAAAGAAACUCAAAGAGCGUGUGGGUGCAUUAGCCACGAAGAAUUUAGCUAUCAGCCCCGCUUUGCAGGCUUGCGCCCAUGAUUUGACUCGAGACUUCUCGCUCCAAUUAAAAGCAUUGCUUCAGGUGUUUCUUCCUAGUGGAAAUAGCACCAAUUUCACUAUAAGGAACCAAAUUGACGUCAAUGGCUCUACGUUUCUGUUUCCAGACUAUAUAAAACUUGCUUCGGAGUACGAGGCAUUUGCGUCAACAAACGAUAUCACUGAAGAAUUGAACAAGAACAAAGCUCAUUGGGACCUGGCCAUUUUGGACCGGUUGAUCCAGAAAAGAAACUACCUCGACACGGAAGCCACAGAACACACAUCCACCAUUUUUCUCACAGAUGCGUUGCCGCCUCGACGCUUUCUCUCUAGGAACUACUUCCAGUCAAUGCGCAAUUUCGUAGCUUUCAUAAAUGGGCUUCACAACCAGACAUUCAAGAACUACUACUCCACCAAGAUUUCCAACAAUUUGGUGGAGGUUGUGUCAGAAAACAUCAAGACAUUCAUGGACAACAAGCAGCAGCUCACUGAAGAAUUGGUGGAGACUUUGGAUUUUUUCUCCAAGAACGGGUGGAACAUGCCUAUUCGCAAUACCUUCAACUCGCUAGACAAGAUCCUGGAAGGCUUACAGAGCUUAUAUGUUGGGUGGGUAACUGACAAAUACAUCAACGAGGUUCGGGAGGUGUUCAAUGGGCCAAGUUACGAUACCAACCUCAGUCUGUUGAAAGAUGUGGCCGACGAGGUUCAGCCCGUGCAAGCACAGGGUACAGACAACUGGAGCCAGGCAAGUGAUGACUGGAAUGAGGAGGGAAAUGACUGGGACGAUUCCUGGGGCUCGGAAGACGAGAAGAAUGAUUCUGAAUUGGAAGGCGACAAAGCCGAGCCCAAUGCGGAAGAAAUGUCAGAACCCGAGGGCGACGACUGGGAUGAGAAUUGGGAUGAUGGCUGGGAUGAUGAUACAGCAGCUAACCCCGUAAAACCAAGCAAACUUUCCAAAAUUAAGAAGGUAAAACCUUCGACGACUAAGCCAUCGCCCUCCAAGCAGAUCAGUAUCAAGUACAGUCAGUUGCCAUUCAAAUUCAGUGUCAUCCUCUCCAAAUUUGCCAAGGAGUCUAACAACGCAGACCCUCGUGAUAUCUUGGACACUAUUGGAGCAUUGAGUGUGGUGUCCUAUCCUCCACUCGACGAGCUGUUCUUGCUCUUGAAUGACUUGCAGAGAGUCAAGACAGGGUCAACUCAUUUGAAUGAAAUUGCCGAAGAGGCGUGGGACCAUGUCAAGCAGCACUUGUUCGACGAGAUCACUAAUAUCAUUACCAACAUCGAUUUCUCCAAUAGGGACUCAACCCCCGAUUACGGCAACGACAACUCGCCCAUGAACCGUGGAUCACAGACUCUCAAAAGAUUGGUCGGUAAGCAGUUUGACAAGCAGCUUGCGGCUACCAACACAGAAUUGUUCAAGGUUUUCAUCAUGGAACUCUUAAACUAUAUCAACAACCUUGUGCUUGAGAUUAUUGUCAGCAGUGACGAGAUAUCAGAGUAUCAAUCGGAGAAGUACACCAAUUUCAUCGAGAGCUUACAUCAGUGGGAGGCCGAAUAUUUGGCUAGGGUCGACGAAGAGACUGUCAAUCUUGCUACAUACAACAAGACCAAGCAAGCAUUGACGUUGAUCAACAGUCACUUGAAAGACAUCAUGGAGUAUUUCUAUCAGGGUGAGCUCUACGAUUUCACUACAGAGGAAUUGAUCAAGGUCAUCAAGAGUGUAUUUGUUCCCAGUGACUUAAGAGAGAACUGUAUCGGAGACAUCAUCGAGAUCCGGAACAGUUAA